AUGCCACAAAUGCAUGGCAGCGUGACUCCCGAUAGAAGUCACAUAAGGAAUAGUGAAAGCGAAGGGAGUGGCCAUAUUCCGGGGGAAAUUCCCACUGAUGCUCCAACGGAUGCUCCAACUGUAAAUGAUGCUAAAAGUCCUGGAGAUGCUUCUGAUGAUGCUCCACCAACAGGACAUGCUGAUAUCUCGGAGGAUGCUCCCACCGAUUCUCCAACUGUAGGUGAUGCUGACAGUGCUGGGGAUGUUCCCGAUGAUUCGCCAACCGUGGGUGAUGCUGAAAGCCCUGAAGAUGCUGCUGAAGAUGAUCCACCAACAGGGCAUGCUGAUAUCUCGGAGGAUGCUCCCACCGAUUCUCCAACUGUAGGUGAUGCUGACAGUGCUGGGGAUGUUCCCGAUGAUACUCCAACCGUAGGUGAUGCUGAAAGCCCUGAAGAUGCUGCUGAAGAUGAUCCACCAACAGGGCAUGCUGAUAUCUCGGAGGAUGCUCCCACCGAUUCUCCAACUGUAGGCGAUGCUGAUAUCCCUGGAGAUGUUUCCGAUGAAGAUGCUCCAGCUGAUAACCGAAAUGUAGGGGAAGGUGACGGUCCUGAAGAUGCUCCAGCUGAUUCCGAUGACGAUUCUAGUGUAGCAGAAGAUCUGUUGGUCUAUUGGAGAUUUGCAACAACAGCAGCAGCAGCAGCAGAAAUAUGUAUAAGCAUUUAG